AGGAGGAGCCCCCGACUGCGACUUUCAGCACCAGUGUUUCAAGUAGAAGAACAACAAGUGCCGCCAUUUGCUAUAGUUUGCUGCUCUAUUUUCCUCGGCAGGUACGUAGCAACAAAGAGGGGAUACACCCUUGCCCCAUAGAUAGUUCAUCCUUUUCGCACCACCCAAUUAUGAUCAUCCCAGCAUAGCUGCAAACAUGUCGAUUUUUGUAGAGUCUACAUUUUGAUAUCUUCAUUCCAUUGCCACUCAAAGUCGUAUUAUCGUCCCUCCUGCUGCCCUUUCUAGAAGAAAUUAUAUCUUCAUUCAUUUUUUCUCAAAGCAUAUUGAGGACGUUCGGUGGCAAAGAUAUUUUGACCUGAACAGGAUGCCCAAUCCAUCAUCGACCAAGCCAAAGAGAAAUAAAUCUUUCACCGCUGCUGCAAACAUGAGUGAACAGCCCAAGAAGGAGGAAAAACGUCACGCCAGUCUGCGGAACGAGCAGCAGCUCUCGCAGCACCUCGUCGCGGAGAAGAACCAGCAGGGCAACGAUGGCAUCCCACAAGCAGUCGGCAGAGCACCCACGCUGCAUUUAUCCACGUAGGGAAAAUCUAGAUCACCUGCAUGCGAAUCACUGUCAAUUUGUAAUGCCAAUGCGCAAGAAGUAGAGAAGAGCUAUGAAGUUAGAGCAACAGGCUGGCUAAAGAAUAUAUAGGCUCUUCGUCUUCAUCAUGCAUGCGUUACAAAUUGAAAGUGGUGCUGGUAAGGAUGACAAAAAUUUUCCAUCGGAUACCGAAGCCAAAGAAGUGAAUCAAGCAGCACGCGAACAUCCGGGAGCUUUCCUGCGUCUGCGAUAGCAGGUCCAGGUUCAGGGGAAAAUAGCAAAAAAGAAGAACCCUCCGGUCCUCCCACUUCUACAGCGCGCGCGGGUUCCACAGUAAGAAGCAGAAACUGUUCAUCUCGGCAGGACGAGACUGCCCUCCACAAGACUUCAACGAGGGUGGGAGUGGAAAGUGGACGCCAGGGACGUGCAGAUAAUGCGAAAGGUUCAGCAGUCCGAGGAGCUGGAGCUCCUCGCCCCGCUUCCUCGGAAGCAGAUGCCCUGCUGGGAAAAACAGAAGUGGACCAUCACGACACCAACGAGGGUAGUUUAUUUCAUGACCAACAAGAGCACGACCACAAUUCUGUCGCAAAAAUGGUUGAAAUACUGGAGCAGCAGCUGCAGUGCGGGCCGCAUGCCGUGGAAAGACCCAGAGCGUCGCGGUCUUCGGAGGACGCGCCGGUACCGGUAGGAGAUGUUGAUAAGCUACGGCAUGACGUUCCUCCGCAAUUCGCUGCGUCAAAAGUUUUGGAGUACGAAAGGCAAACUUCCGAACUCGACGAGGAGGUCGAGGAGGAAGAAGGUAUUCCUUCAGAGCCAAUUCGUGCUCUCGUGACAGUUGUGUCGGCGGCUCCGGACGGGGAACAAGACGAGGAGGAAGAAGUAGAGCAGGAUGAACCACACGAAAGUCCUUGUUCUAGUGUCAGUGUUACAUCACCUGAUGAAAACGAUGAUACUGAACCGAAUCCGAAACCCACCCUCGUCCGUCUCCACGAUCGGCGGCGCAAGAGCGAUCUGUUCGGCGACAAUGAUGAUCCACAACGGCGCCCAAAAAAACGAACGCUGGAAGAGCUGGCGGAGCCGUGCUUUGCGUUUGUCACCGAACGGCUUUACCCGUUUCUGGAGCGGGUCUUGCUCAAAAAAGGCAAAAUGAUUCCGCAAGUUGGAGGGGAAGACGGAGUAGAAGGAUGCAUUCUAUUGGGUGAAGAAAUCAACAAGACUCGGGGCGGACGGAGGGGGAGACGCGGAAAAAGACGAUACUCGGCCAAGUCGGGGAUUACGAAAUGAGAGUGAACAAGAACAAAGACAAAGCGAUUGUCGUUUUACAAAAAUCCUAAGGAUUGAUUUCUCCUCCUUCGACGCUCACGUGAACACAUAGAUAAUGCAGCAUUCGAGCAGCUGUCCGACAACAAGUACAGAAGCAUCUCGAGGUCAUAUGUAUUAUCCGUUCCUGAUAUUCAUCCUUUCCCUGUAUCAAUUGCAAUCUGUCGAAGCCGAGCAACGAACUGGAAUUAGAAACCCAAUUUGUAUAAAAAUAGACAAGCCCCGCCACCACCACCAGUACUUGUACCAGUAGCGAAAGCUGCUUAUCCUCGUGUUUGUACCUCUUUUCUCAGUGUCCUCAAGCAUUUACAUAAAAACAAAAACGCUCAAAGAGCGUAUGCUUUCUACACAACUCAUAUCUGGAGAAGAUCCUUUAUUUGAAAUAAAAGUAUAACUACCGUGGAAGAAUUAGUCAUUUUUU